UAACCCGAGCACUCGAGCCCCUCGAGUGCAACCGCGACCCACGACUGUCCCGACUUCUGCCUUCUGUCGCUCUCGAGCGUGGGACGCGGGAGAGUGCCGCGGGAUGGGAGAGAACCGAGUCGUCCGCGUCAAGAAUAAGCGGCACGACGGACGGGACGUCUCUGUCGGAGCGUUCGCGUUCACGCGACAGUAGCGGGGCAGAUGAUAGAUAAUCGCCGUGCCGCCUUUCAUAAGUCAGCGAGGCGAGCGGCCGACACGUCAGCGCGAAAAAGCGGUCGGACUAGGUCGCGCGAGGAGGCCCAGGAGCACCAAACCGAUUUCGUAAUGUGACACCUCGCGAAUAGGAACAAUCUGUUGAAAAUGGCAGCGAUUUGUUCCGGACGACCUGGCUGGUUAGGAAAGCUCGGAAUAGCAUUGCUAGUCAUGUGGUUUUUAAUACUGAUUAUAUCCAUCGUUCAUAUAUUUAAGUCCAAUUCGUUGUCAAGCCGCGAUGCUGACACUGCCAACAAAGAGAACACGCAACGCCUAGCACAAAUGGUUAAUGACUUUGAAAUUCUAAAGAAGCAGAACGACGCGUUGAAGAACUUUAUACUAGGAGAAGGAUCGAAAUCUAUACAAGGGGACCACUUAGGCUCCGUGCAAGACAAGCUCGAGAAAGCGUCCGUCUAUUAUGACCUGAUGGAUCAUCAGGACGGAUCGAAGCACGGCGUUCCCUCCUCGGAAUACGAGGAGCUGCGGCGGAGGUUGAGAAACGAUGUUCAGGAGAUGUGGUAUUACGUUAACGCCGAGUUGAGUAAGUUUAAGAAGCACAUUGACGAAUUCACGUACGAUCAAAAAGAAAAGGAGAUACAGGAUGUGAUGAAAAACGCGUGGGAGCAUAAAAAGUCACUUAUAAUGAAUAUCGACAAAUUGAAGAAGGCAGACGGUUACGAUGAGUGGCGGGAAAAGGAAGCGAAAGAUCUAGCCGAUCUUGUUCAGAGGCGAUUUAGGUAUCUACAGAAUCCUGUUGAUUGUAAUAAGGCAAAGAAGCUGAUAUGUAGCUUAAAUAAAGGCUGUGGGUUUGGUUGUCAGAUUCACCACAUCACGUACUGCUUCUUAGUGGCUUACGGUACGGAAAGAACAUUGAUAAUGAAAUCCAAAGGGUGGAGAUAUCAGAAAGAUGGGUGGGAAUCUGUCUUUAAACCCCUCAGCGACACUUGCGUCUCUACAACCGGUACCUCACACUCUAAUUGGCCUGGAGAUCCCUCUAAACAAGUAAUAUCUCUGCCAAUUGUAGACAACGUUUAUCCCAAGCCAAGGUUCCAGCCGCCUAGUGUACCCGCGGACUUGGCGCCGAGAUUGGAAAAGAUUCACGGUCAUCCGCUCGUUUGGUGGGUAGGACAAGUGUUGAAAUACUUGAUGCGACCUCAGGACCACAUGAGGAGAACGUUGGAAAAGGCAAAGGAGAAGCUUGGCUUUAAGAAACCCAUCGUCGGUGUUCAUGUGCGUAGAACUGACAAAGUUGGCACCGAGGCAGCUUACCAUGACAUAGAUGAAUACAUGACUAAAGUGGAACAAUAUUUUGAUCAACUUGAAACGAAACCAGACGUGAGGAGAGUCUUUUUGGCGAGCGACGACCCAAAAGUGAUAACAACAGCCAGAAAGCGUUAUCCGAAUUACGAGAUAAUAGGGGAUCCAGAAAUUGCCGAGACGGCGUCCGUAGCGAAGCGAUACUCGGAUACCUCGUUGCAGGGAAUAAUUAUCGACAUCCACCUUCUGUCGGAAUGCGAUUACUUGGUAUGCACGUUCAGUUCUCAGGUAUGUCGCGUCGCAUACGAGCUAAUGCAGACCUUUUACACGGACGCGUACGACAGAUUCACAUCCCUCGACGAUAUAUAUUAUUACGGGGGACAAAAUCCACAUCCCCACGUAGCUAUUUUGGAUCAUAAACCGAGGAAGAACGGGGAAUUAGAGCUAAAAGCCGGUGACUUGAUUGACGUCUUUGGUAAUCAUUGGGACGGUUUUUCCAAGGGCUACAACACCAGAACUAGCAUGACAGGAUUAUUCCCCAGUUUUAAAGUAAAGAAUCCUGUUGAUGCCGUAGACUUUCCCAAAUAUUCGAAUAUCCCUCUAUUGGAAAAUAAGAACGAUUGAAUCAGAGCGGCCGAGCCAAGUCAUUUUCUGAUGAAACGCAGCCUCGAGUGAAUCGUUAUUUUUCUGGAUAAAAUUCUUGAGAUAUUAGCAAAGAUGACAUGGCACGAUGUAUAUAUUUUGCUACUUGUAAAUUAUGAUGUUGAUGCUUGUAAAUUGUCACAAAUGUCCAUGACUUGUCAAAUAAGAGAUAAAUACCUGUCGUAUAUAAUUAUGUUUUAGUUUAGAAAAAUAUUACAAGUAUGAUUUUCCUUGAAUGGCGCAAUAGAGACACUAUUUUCUAAAUAUUUAAGAUUCUUUUUAUACAUACAUGAAGCUACAAUAUAAUGAGUCGAUAUUAUGUAGAUAGCAUUUAGGGAUAAUAACGGAAAUAAUAAUUUGCAGAUAUUUAACAAUGCAGCAUUUGCAAUACUUUACUAUUUUCACUGAAACUACGAAAUGUGAUUGUUAAUUUAAUCAAAUAGAGUUAAUUAAAGAAGGUUAAUCAUAAUAUAUUAUAUUUGGAAAUAUAAUAUAAACUCGAAAUAUAUAUUAUUAUUAAUUCCAUCGGCAAAUCGAGUUUGUUCUAUAUGUACAUAAUAUAUAUAUAUAUAUAUAAUAGAUUUAAAAAGAAGUUUAUAAUUGCGCGUUUUAAAAUAUUCGAUAUUUGUGCCAAUGCAUUAUCAUGAAACAUUGUUUACAUUGACUAGAAUUGAAUGUUCUAUUCUUGGAAAAUUACGUAAAAAAACACAAGUUUCUUCAUUAUUCCGCUCUAUUAGACUUUGUAAAUAACUUCGUGAAAUGAUUUCGCUAGCAAAUGACUCGUAUAAAUGUUUAUCAUAACAAUCGAAUUGUGUAAUACGGAAUGUCCCAAAAAGCCUCUGUAUAUUUUGAUGAAUGACAUUCAAAUAAGUUACUUAACGACAUAGUUGUAUAUUUUUAUACAAAAUACAAUAUUAAAUUGAGAAAAAAAACUUUACAAAAUUUAUUUGCACGUUUUUUUUCCUUAAUUUUCCCUAAAUUUUAUUCCCUUAAUGCGAUACUUUAAUAUAUAAAAAUACAUAUAUAUAUAUCUUUCUCUCUUUGUACAAUGUUUAUAAAUUAUA